UCUCUCCCUCCCUCUCUCUCACACACACACUGGCCAGGAAGUUCAUUCAAUCUUCAGUCCAAAAGGACUAUCCCUGCGAUUUUUAUAGUUCGCGGCACCAUCGGAGUUUCAUGCCUGAGUGGCAGCUGAACUGGCCAAUAGGGCCGCAGGACUGCACAGUCUCUUGGGUUCGUCGUUGCAGCCGUGUGGUGGUGUCACAGUUGUGAGAAUGGAGUCGGUGGAGUCGGCUGAUCUCCUCGACCUGAACCACACCGAAACAGGCUCCGGGGAUUAUUUCCAGGACAAUUCUUGGAGAUACGCCUUUCUGGUGUUGGCUAUCAUUCCAUUGAUCUCACUGUGCGUCUGCCUCAGGUUUUUGUGUCGGAAGCGGGACCAUACUCCGCUCAUCUCCACACUGCGAUCCAUUCUCCCUGACCGACGUACACGGUCAAACGGGACAUUCCGGCGGAACCUGCUCUGCCAAGUGGAGUGUUACGGCAAAGGAAACGUCCACCUGUAUAUUGAGAGAAAACUAAACUUUUCUGUUCUCGAAAAACAAGAUGCUCCACUUGUUCUCUUUGUCUACAAAGUGUCCCGUGAACUUGAGGAUCUCCGCAACGCUCUGCAGUGGAUUGAAGGUGAUCGAGGGAGGAAAAAAGAAGAAAUCUGUGCUGUGAUCCUGCUGGAAAAGUUUUUGAACAAAUGGAAUAAACCUGUGGAAGUUGAUCAUCAGGGAAUAUUUGAUGACAAAACUGUGGUUGUGCGAAUUCUCUGGGAUGCACCAAAUAGGAUUCAGGAGAGUCGCAGUAAUAAGGAGGCAAUGGACAAAGUGAAACGGAUCAUCAUUGAAUGGAACCCUGCUGGAGGAGACUGUGGAUUUCCUGAUCCACCCACCAUCUGGGAAACCUGAUGUCUCGACCCUGCCUGAAAUGCUUUUUCCCAACUUCUGACAUGAUCUGCUCCAGAUGUUUUCAAUUAGAACUGCCCCAGUCUUGAAGGGGUUCCAUAAAUAACUUCAGACUUCAGAUAUUCCCUGAGUGAGAGUGAAUGUUGUGUGUGUGUGUGCUUGUGUGUAGGACGAUGUUUAUACUGAUCAAAGGUCUCUAACAUAUGCUUGGCUCUGGUCCUCUGUAUGCCUCACUAAUGAAUUAUUAUUAAACACUGCUGAACCUCACAGUGUGUCCUACCUCAUUG